GGGUCAGCACAAAUACCUGCCAUCCGUCAUUCCUCAGACUGCGAGGGUUGAAAACCCAAAGCGGAGCUCAGUCUCAAGCCUCAGACACCCACACAGAAAGCCAGAGAAAUGGGGUUAGGGUUGAUAGCUUCGAGAGCCCUGAGACCCGCCAUUCUCCACAGGUCCUCUAGGGUUUUGGCUUCCCAAAAUCCUAUAACCAGAACCAUCACCUCCACGCCCGAGCUCCACCCAGAAGCGGCAACAGCGCAGCCCGAUUCCCCACCAGAUCUCCCACCUCGGACCCCUGUCGCCGGUGCUAGGAUUCAUUUCUCCAAACCCGAUGACGCCAUCGAGGUCUUCGUCGAUGGCUAUCCCGUCAAAAUCCCCAAAGGCAUGACGGUGCUGCAGGCCUGCGAGGUCGCCGGCGUCGACAUUCCUCGAUUCUGCUACCACAGCCGCCUCUCCAUCGCCGGGAACUGCCGUAUGUGUUUGGUCGAGGUAGAGAAGUCGCCUAAGCCCGUCGCUUCAUGCGCCAUGCCCGCUCUUCCUGGGAUGAAGAUUAAGACCAAUACACCAGUUGCAAAAAAGGCCAGAGAAGGAGUAAUGGAGUUUCUGCUGAUGAAUCAUCCUUUGGAUUGUCCAAUUUGUGACCAGGGUGGAGAGUGUGAUCUCCAGGAUCAGUCUAUGGCUUUUGGUUCUGAUCGCGGCCGUUUCACUGACAUGAAGCGAUCUGUGGUUGAUAAGAAUCUUGGCCCUUUGGUUAAGACUGUGAUGACUCGUUGCAUUCAGUGUACAAGGUGUGUCAGGUUUGCAACUGAGGUUGCUGGGGUUCAGGAUCUUGGCAUGUUGGGCCGUGGCAGCGGAGAGGAAAUUGGGACUUAUGUUGAAAAACUUAUGACAAGUGAACUUUCUGGAAAUGUGAUAGAUAUUUGUCCUGUGGGAGCCCUCACCUCAAAACCUUUUGCUUUUAAAGCCCGAAACUGGGAGUUAAAGGGGACAGAAACCAUUGAUGUAACUGAUGCGGUUGGUUCCAACAUUCGAAUUGAUAGCAGAGGUCCUGAGGUUAUGCGUAUUCUCCCACGUUUGAAUGAGGACAUAAAUGAGGAAUGGAUAUCAGACAAAACACGUUUCUGUUAUGAUGGUCUGAAGAGGCAGAGGUUAAAUGAUCCUAUGAUUCGUGGUGCUGAUGGACGCUUUAAGCCUGUGAGCUGGCGUGAUGCUCUUGCUGUGGUUGCAGAGGUUGCUCACCAAGUUAAACCAAAAGAAAUUGUUGGAAUUGCUGGUCAGCUGUCUGAUGCGGAAUCUAUGAUGGCGCUCAAAGAUUUCUUGAAUAAAAUGGGAUCAAAUAAUGUACUGUGUGAAGGAAAUGGCUCACAUCCAUGUGCUGAUCUGCGGUCAGGAUAUCUCUUGAAUAGCAACAUUGCUGGGCUUGAAAAGGCAGAUGUUUUCCUUUUGGUUGGCACCCAGCCAAGGGUGGAAGCUCCCAUGGUAAAUGCCCGAAUCCGGAAAACAGUACAAGCAACUCAUGCCAAGGUGGGUUACAUUGGGCCUGCAACUGAUUUCAACUAUGACCACCAGCAUCUUGGCACAGGCCCUCAAACGCUUCUUGAAAUUGCAGAGGGUCGCCAUCCCUUCUGCUCGGCUAUCUUAAAUGCCAAAAAUCCUGCUAUUGUUGUUGGGGCUGGGCUAUUUGAACGUGGUGACAAAGAUGCUAUUUUUGCUGCUGUUGAAACCAUAGCAAAACUUGGAAAAGUCAUCAGACCUGACUGGAAUGGUCUCAAUGUAUUGCUUCUGAAUGCUGCUCAAGCUGCAGCACUUGACCUUGGUCUUGUACCAGAAUCCAGCAAAAGCAUCGAGUCUGCAAAAUUUUUAUAUCUGAUGGGUGCAGAUGAUGUGAACUUGGAGAAAGUUCCGGAUGAUGCCUUUGUAGUUUAUCAGGGCCAUCAUGGUGACCAGAGCGUGUAUCGUGCCAAUGUCAUUUUGCCAGCAGCAGCAUUUAGCGAGAAGGAAGGGACAUACGAAAAUACAGAAGGCUGCACCCAACAAACCUUGCCUGCAGUCCCCACUGUUGGUGAUUCUAGGGAUGACUGGAAAAUAAUUCGGGCUCUGUCUGAGGUGGCAGGGGUCCAGUUGCCUUACGACACCCUUGGGGCCAUCCGUUCCCGGAUUAAGACUGUGGCACCUAACCUUUAUAACAUGGAUGAGAGGGAAGCGGCUACAUUCUCUGCUUCAUUGAAACCUGAGUUGAGCGAGAAGAUGAGUCUGAGUGCCUUUGGGAGUGCUGUUGAGAAUUUCUAUAUGACGGAUUCGAUCACCAGGGCAUCAAAGAUCAUGGCACAAUGCAGUGCCACGCUGUUGAAGAAGUAAAAAUGGAUUUUUGAUGAUUCUAAAUAAAGGUGCAGACUGAACUAUUUGUUGCUCCUACCAAUUUCUAUUCUUAGGCAUGUAAAAAUUCUCUGAAAAAGAAAUUCACUGUUUUAGCGCGGCGCCAUAAUGGAGUUGCAGUUGCGCAACAGAUGGAAAUUCAACUUUUGGUCCCCAGUGUUUAUUGUUUACCCUUCUGUAAUUUUACCGAGUUGCUCCCGGUUUGUUGUGACUCAGUAGAUACAUUUAUUUUAUUUUUUUGGGUCCUGAAUAUGCUUUCUUUGGAACAUGCUCAGGUAAUGGUGUAAUGGUGCAAUGGGGAAGAAUAUUUGAAAUAAAAAU